AUGGAAUCAUCCUUAACAGGGGAUAAUAUUGAUGAUAAGCAGAAAGCAGCUCUUUUGUUAGGUUUACAAGAAAUAGUACAAAGACAAAAGGAAAAUGUUAAAGUCAUGGAUAUUUGUUUUAAUAAAUGUGUUCCAAAAAUAGGAAAUAAAUUAAGCUCAACUGAACAAAAGUGCAUAUGGGAUUGUGCAAAUAGCUAUUUUUACACCAACGCAUUUUUAAACGAACGAUUACAACAAAUGACCAAACUUUUAAAAUCAAAUUCAGAUUAUUUAAAUUUAUAA